GGCUCUCUUGCCGAAGGGCCCGCGCAGUUCGAACGCAGGGAAGACGGAUCGCCCCGAGGGCCACGAUUCCGAGUGCGGAAGGGUUAAUGCCGGGGGAAAUUACAGAGAUAUUUCCUCAGAGGGUAAGGAAAAAAGGUUACCUUUUACAUUAGACUGAUGUAUAAUAUCAAUGGAACCUAACUUAUGGGCUUUUCAUGAUCACCACAAGGAUGAGGAAGAUGUGCUUGCAAAUGUUAUGGCAUUAAGGAGUAAGCUUAAGAAUACAGAAAGAUAUUUACAAGACUUGGGCGAAGAGCUUUACAGUACUAAUUCACAUAAUUCUGACGUCAGUAUUCAUGAUGGUGAGCUUGAGAUUUUAACGAUGGAAGAUCUUGUUGAUCCUAGUGAAUUACAAAAUUCUUCAUCUCUUACUACUGUGAAUAGAAUGUCUUGGCAUAAGAAGGAUUCACCAAGGAAACCCAGGAACAAAUCUUACUCGUUAUCUUUUGAUAAAAGCAUGGAAGAAGAAAAUGAGCUACUAAGGGACAAACUGAAUAUAGUCCGAGAAAAAAAUUCAUCUUUGACUUCCCAGAAUCACCAUCUAAUGAAUGAAAUUGAAACUAUAAACUUUGAGCUGAACCAGACAAGAGCACGAGUAGCCUUCCUUGAAUCUGCCUUGGGGACCCAUUCAGUCAGCAUUCCAAUGUUAGAAGAACAGAUAUCAAGUUUGGAAGCAGAAGUUCAAGCUCAGGAUAGCGCUCUGAAAGAGGCAGAAGAUAAAUUAGAGCAAAGCCAGAAAAUGGUCAUGGAAAAAGAGUACGCUUUGCAGAAGCUAAAGGAGGAAUAUAAGCAAAUGAAACUUGAUGUAAUUGAACGAUCUAAACAAGGAAAGAGAACUGAGCAGCAAAGAAAUGAAGCUCUGUAUAAUGCUGAGGAGCUGACAAGAACUUUUAAAAAAUACAAAGAGAAAAUAACUGAUAAAUUGGAAAAGGUUCAAGUGGAAGAACAAAUUUUAGAAAGAAAUUUAAUGGACUGUGUAAAAGAAAAGGAAAAAUUGCACGCAAAAUGUGAUAGCUAUAGAAAUGAGCUUGAAAACAUGAGGGAACAACUGAGAGAAUUAGCUGAAGAGAAUUUUACUGAAAAAGAGAACAUAAAGUGUAUAGAAGCCAAGAGUUCUGAAAUGGAAUUGCUGCUGAAACAUUCUCAGCAGACCAUCCAGAUGCUUGAAAGUAGACUUCAGGACCAAGACACAGUGCUUGAAGAGAAAAAUACCCUGAUAAAAGAAAAUGCUGAUUUAAAAGCACAAAUUGUAGAGCAAAAGGAUCAACUUAAUUUAUAUCAUCAAGAAAUUGAGAAUUCAAAAAUUGAACUGAAAACCUUAGAAAAUGUUAUUUCCCAGUUGUCCCAAAGCUCAUCAAAUGAGGUUAAGCAUUAUUCUAAUGAAGCAUCAUCUGCCAAUUGCUGUGAGUCAGCUAGAUCCCUGAUAGAAGAGCUACGACUAAAACUGAAAAUGAAAGAAGCAGGGAUUCAGAAACUUCAGGCAGAACUUAUGGCCAGUAAGAUAGGUCAAGGAUUCUUUGAAGAAAAUGAGGGACAAGGAUUGCACAGCCUAGAAACUGAACCAGUAAAACUCACUGGAAAUCAAACAGAAAGAAAAUGCCAACAAUUGGAACUUAUCAGUAAACAGUUUGAAAAGGAGAAGCAAAGAUUAAUUAGACAAUUAGAAGAGCUACAUAGUCAGCUGGAACGAUCUGAAGAGGAGAACUCUUUUUUAAAGAAUAGCAUGGCCCAAAGAACUAGUCAUUUUCAAGCACUACAAGAAGAACUAUUGGAGAAAGCUACAAAAUCUAGCAGCUUGGAAAGAGAAAUGGCAAGGAAAUCUUCUCAACUUUCAGCCCUUGAUAAACAGUUAGAAGAAAAGACAGUUGCUUAUACAAAUGCAGCUGCAAGAAAAACUGAGCUGGAACAGGAAUUAUUGGAAGCGAAUUCUCAGCUUCACAACUUGGAAAGAAGCAUCAAUGAGGAACAUGAGCACUUCUCCAUAAUGCUAGAAAAAACAAAGAUAAUUCAUCUCGAGCAACACAAAGAGAUGGAAAAGCAGGUUGAAUUACUUCAGUCUCUACUAGAGACUAAAAACCAACAAUUCCUGGAACAAGAGAACACAAUGUCCAUUUUACAGCAAGAUCUAUUAUGUAAACAACGUCAGCUGGAGUCACUGGAUCGACUGCUAAUAGAAAGCCAAGAGGAAAUGGAAAAGCAGAAAACCAAGAAGCAUGAAGCUUUAAAGACGUUACAAGGCCAACUCACUGAAGAAACCCUCAAGGUUAAACAACUACAGACGGCAUUGGAUAUCUAUAAAGAAGACCUAGCGUUAUAUUUAAAUCGUCUAGAAGAAAAUAAAAUGUUAUUUGAAAAGCAGCUGAAGAAGAAAUCUGAAGAGGUGCAACGUUUGCAGAAAGAAAUAAAGUUAAAGAAUGACAAUCUUCAGUCAACUUGUGAACAGAACUUAGUUCUACAGCAAACACUGCAGCAGCAGCAGCAGAUGUUACAUCAGGAAACCAUCAGAAAUGGUGAACUAGAAGACAGCCAAACAAAGCUCCAAAAGCAGGUAUCAAAGCUAGAGCAAGAACUUCAAAAGCAGAAGGAAAAUUUGGAAGAAGAGUUGAGAAAAACAACUGAGAAACUCCAUUUAGCUUCUGAAGAAGCUGAUUUGAAAAGACAAAAAGUAACAGAACUUACUGGGACAAUCAGGCAGAUUAAAAUAGAGAUGGAUCAGUGUAAAGAUGAGUUAAUAGACAUGGAGAAAGAAUUAGUGCACUUAAGACGUGAUGGUCAUAAUAAAGCACUAAAGCUGGGCCACUUGGAAAUGACUUUGGAGCAGAAAGUCUCAGAACUACAUAAAAAGACACACCAAGUGAAAGAGUUAGAAAACAAACUACUUGUGAGUGAGACACAGCAAAAAGAUACUGUGCAGGAAGUAGAAACUCUAGAGACUGACCUGCAGAAUGCCAAUGGGGAGCUAAAAACCGCUUUGAGACAACAGCAAGAACUUAAAGAUAUGAUACAGAAGGCUCAGAUGUCUCUGGAGGAGAAGUAUGCUGCUAUUCAGGAACUAACAGAGGAACUAAGACAGUGCAAGGAUGAACUUGAGGAUAAAAAACAAGAACUUCUUGACUUGGACAAGGCACUGAAAGAAAGAAAUUGGGAUUUGAAACAAAGAGCGGCUCAGGUUACACAGUUGGAUAUGUCCAUUCGUGAGCACAGGGGAGAAAUGGAACAAAAAAUCAUUAAGUUAGAAGGAAGUUUAGAAAAAGCAGAGCUGCAGACCAAGGAAUCUAAUAAAAAGAUUGAGAGUUUAGAAAGCAAGCUACAGCAUUCAAAAGAUGAGCUUCACGAAAAAGAGUUUAAUAUACUCCAACAAAAUCAAGAGAUAAAUCGUCUUAAAAAAGAAGCUGAAAGAAAGGAGCAAAGAAUAUCAGAUAUCGAAAAGAAGAUGAAAGAACAAGAAAAAUGCAUUGCAGAACAGUACAAAGAAAUACUUGAUUUGGGUCAGCAACUGAGGCUUGAACGUGAACAGAUGAAACACAUCCAUGUGGACCUACUGGAGAGUCGCCGUCAACAGGCUCAAGCUCAGAGAGAUGUGGAUAGAAUCUCUCUUGAACUGGAAGAAAUCAACCAUCUCACUCAUGAAAAAGAAAGUCAUGCAAAUAAUUUGGCAGAACAACUGGGGGCAUCUCAGGCACGGGAAACGCAGUUAGAAGCAAGAAUGGAAACAGAGGUUAAGAGGCUCUCUGCAGAAAUACAUUCGCUAAAGCAGUCUUAUAUAUCAGAGCAAGCAAAAUGGAAGCAAUCGAUAUCAAAAUCUCAUCAUGCUCUUGGACAACUGCAGCAGCUAAAGCAGGAGCUGGAUGAUGCUCAAAGCACUGUCUGCAAUCUACAACUACAGCUUCAGUCAAGAAAUGAGAUGAUUCAAGCAGCAAAUGAAGCUCUUCUUCUCAAAGAAUCUGAAGUAACAAGACUGCAAACUAGAAUUGCAGGUCAUGAAAGAACACAAGGCAUCAAGCAACUAUCAGACCCACAAAACCUAACUACGUGUCGGUGGUUUGAUCAAGAAGUAGACUUUGCCAAGCAUGCUCAGAUUUCCUACUCUACUCACAGAAAAUUGCGGCGUUCUACAAGCACUAAUGAUCUGAGCGUUGACGUUGCUGGGGAUGUAUUAGAUCUGAAAGAGAUAUUUACAUUAGACUCUUCAGUGGCUUGUGGGAAGCUAAAAGACGUAACUCAUGCUUCACCAAAAAGUCUAAAUGAAUCUUCCUUUGAUCCCUUGACACACAUUGUAGAUGAAGAUUCAACUUCUGACAGUAAUGAUUUCCAGACUCUUAGCAGCAUGCUAAAAUAUAUCAACAAAGAGAUGAAGAAUACUGAAAAUUCUUCCCCAUAAUAUUCACCUGCUGCAGAGGAAAAUCAAGAACAAAGAUUGUGAAGAAACAACGGGCUGGCAAGCAGUCAACAAAGGAUGGAUUUGUUGGCAUUGUGUUUAUGAGGACGUUUUAGAGAAACCAUGUAUAUAGUUGAGAUAUUUAUAGUGACUCACAAUCCCUGCCUUAUUUUUCCAGUUCUAUUUUCAUGAUUAUUGCUUUGAAGUAAUUUAUACAGUGAUGAUAUUAUUUUGUUACAUUGACUCUUAAAGAAAAAUCCAAAGGGCCUUGCUUUUUAAACAUUUUCCCAAUACUUUGAUAUUUUAACUAAACAUAUUACUGAAUUAAUAAACAAACAAUUCAAA